AUGAAUUACGACCGCUACCAGAACAUUUGUGGCCCAAUUCUGGAGGUACUGGACAAUGAGGCUCUCCCAGUGGAUGAGAAGCUGCGACAUGUCUACUGGCUCGCCAACUGCCAUUGGCAGUGCAUCCGAAGUGGCAUUAAUCCGACUGACGACUCCCUCUACAUCCUGGCCCUCAUUUUCUUGCAGAAGGUCGAGAACCCUUGCUCAAGGCGCCUCGAAACAGAAGAAGAUCUUUGGGAGGAGGCAGCCCUGUGGCGUUUUCGACUGGAGGAGUGGGGCAAUUUCAGUGCAGAACGGCUGGAGGAGCCGGGAGAUAGAUCAGCACUGUCUUUGCUGGAAAUCGCGCAAGGUAUCCAGCAGGUCAUGUCUGGGUCUGAUGCCGAUCUACAGAUGCUGCGGUCGCUCCUAUGUGGGAUUCACAAGACAUUGCUUCUUGAGGCAAACGCCUCGCCAGGCGGUUCCAAUAACAUAAUCGAACGUGUGAGGUCGCUGGCCGAGCAAGGCAAAAAAAAACGCCAAGAGACGUUGGCAGCUGUGCAACUGGAGGAAAUGAUUUGGCAGUUUCGCAGCAGACAAAUCCUGCCUACAGCUGAAACGUCCACCAAGCAAAUACACGUGGCAUCUCCCACAGGAGCAGAGCGGGCACUUACACUCACAGAACGAGAGCAGGCACUUGCACUCGCAGAACGAGAGCAGGCACUUGCACUGGUCGCAGCGAUUGCCAAUGGGGAAGGAAGCUGUAUUCUCAAGCUGCGUCUGUCGCGUGCCAUCUACACCGAUGUAAAGGUUUCGUGGAGCAGCCGGUCUCAGCUUGAUGGCAGGCGAGCCUUCAGGUUUCAAAACUACUCUGGCCGUCUCGUGUUGGCGCGCGGUUUCCGAACGACUUGGGCGUGGCUCGCAGAGACAUCGAACGAAGAACGCGACCGAGAUGUUCCGCUGCAGGACGCAAACGCCGAGUACUACAAAACGGUUGGCCAGGGUCCGGAGCUCUUUGGAGUGGUGGGUGAGCAGGUGUACUACAACCACGACCAAAAGUGGAGAAAGUACAAUACCGCGGAAUUGGAACCAUGGGACAUUCGCUUGGACCAGAACGUGAAGGCAGACACAUCUCUACUUUGA